AACUAUGUUUAUCAGUGAACAGUGAAAUGAGAAACAAAUCCAUGUGUUUAAAGCCAAUUUAAUCUCAGUUUAGCCAAUCAUAUUUCACUAAUAACUGAUAAGCAACCAAAGCCAUGUCCCCUCCUUCCUUCAAGCCAAAAAUUUGGAGCCCACAACAACAAAAGUCUCUCUCUCUCUCUCUCUCUCCCACCUAAAUUUGUCACAUACUACACUCUCCUCUGUACAGCUUUAAGCUCUCAGUGGCUUCUAAUUUUCUUGGAGUUAUCCCUGUAGCUAUUGUUUCCUUGAGUUAUUAUAUCAGACCAAAAGGUUUGGGAAUGAUGAGUGAUUGGCAGAGGCACUUCAGUCCUGAAUUCUAAUUUUCAAGAAUUAGAUUUUACACUUCUCUAAUAUGGCAACUUGCAUGUCGCCCUGUUCUAUGCCAUCUAGCACGCGAGUUUCAGUUGGAAUACUAGCCUCCCCAAGGGGGAGAAUUCUAAAGGAAUCUCAAAUGUGUAUGGCUAGUACCCUGAAGAUUGUUGACAGGAAGAGUAGUUUGUGGGGAACUAGCCAAAAGAAUGCGGUGGAAUUCUCUCGGUUUAAGUGCUCCGUUAAUUCUCACAACAUUAGCCCAAACCACAGGAGAAACACUUUUUUGGAUCUACAUCCUGAGGUCUCAGUGCUCAGAGGCGAUGAAAAUGUCAAGGAGAGCUUAAGAGAAUCUUUCAUUCCAAGUAACUACAAUGAAGCCAAUAUCAAAGUUGUUGGUGUUGGGGGUGGUGGUUCUAAUGCUGUUAAUCGAAUGUUAGAGAGUUCAAUGAAGGGUGUGGAGUUUUGGAUUGUUAACACAGAUGUUCAAGCGAUUAAAAUGUCCCCGGUUUCCCCAGAGAACCGCUUACAAAUUGGUCAGGAACUUACUAGGGGUCUUGGCGCUGGUGGAAACCCAGAUAUAGGCAUGAGUGCUGCAAAUGAAAGCAAAGCAGCAAUAGAGGAAUCACUUCACGGUGCAGACAUGGUCUUUGUAACGGCUGGAAUGGGAGGAGGAACUGGAACUGGUGGGGCUCCAGUAGUUGCAGGAAUUGCAAAGUCCAUGGGUAUCUUGACUGUUGGUAUUGUCACGACUCCAUUCUCUUUUGAGGGGCGAAGGCGGGCAGUUCAAGCUCAGGAAGGAAUUGCAGCUUUAAGAAACAAUGUUGACACAUUGAUUGUUAUUCCUAAUGACAAGUUGUUGACUGCAGUUUCACAGUCAACCCCAGUAACAGAGGCAUUCAAUUUGGCUGAUGACAUACUUCGGCAGGGUGUUCGUGGCAUCUCUGAUAUCAUAACGGUUCCAGGUCUGGUCAAUGUUGAUUUUGCCGAUGUGCGGGCUAUUAUGAAAGAUGCUGGUUCUUCUUUAAUGGGGAUAGGUACUGCAACUGGGAAGACCAGGGCAAGAGAUGCUGCAUUGAAUGCCAUCCAGUCACCUUUGUUAGAUAUCGGAAUAGAAAGAGCUACUGGAAUUGUUUGGAAUAUAACUGGUGGAAAUGAUUUAACUUUAUUUGAGGUGAAUGCUGCAGCAGAGGUUAUAUAUGACCUAGUGGAUCCCAGUGCAAACUUGAUAUUUGGAGCAGUGAUAGAUCAAUCACUAAGCGGCCAGGUCAGCAUAACUCUGAUUGCCACUGGAUUCAAACGCCAGGAUGAAAGUGAAGGGAGGAAACCUCAGUUUGCACGUGGUGAUGGUUCCUUUGGGAUCAAUAGACGACCCUCUUCCACAGAAGGCAGUUUAGUGCAGAUCCCUGAGUUCUUAAAGAAGAAGGGGCGAUCUCGCUACCCGCAAGUCUAAGAUUAUUAUUUUGUAAUGUAAAUAUAUCAAUUUCAUCUUAAUUCUUCUCUUUUGGUUUGUCUUUCCUCCUCUUUCAAAAAUUUAGUCUAAGAACCUAACAUUUUGUUGCUAGCUAGCUGCAAUAUUCAGCUUGCACCUUAUCAAUAAAAAGUGCGCUUUUUGAUU